AAAACGAUGCUGCGGCAGUCCAGUUGCAGACGACAGAAACGCGAGUCGUUUGAGAGGUGUUCGUUGGCGUGACCAAAACAAACAACGGUUUGGGUUUAGACUUCUAAACACAGGCCUGUAGAAGAAAUGGAAAACUAUCGGAAGGGGAAAAAUGUGGAGGAGGAGUUGACCAGGGACAAGAUACCAAUUCCUGAUUUACCCAACAACUUCAUAUGGAUGCAGGUGCAUGGUGGUAGCAAGAUAAGAAAUCUACUGGACGUAGCUCUGAAAGGUUUUGUUGAUCAGGGAGCAGUUGUAUGGACAGGGUCUGGAGCUGCUAUUAGCAAAACUAUAUCAUGCGCAGAAAUUCUGAAACGUAAACACAAAGCUCAUCAAAUUACAAAAAUUUCGUACAGAAAGUAUGAAGAAUUUUGGGAGCCACUAUUAGAGGAGCUAGAUGAUUUAGUAGUCAUUCGAGAUGAACCUAUUAUUCAUAUCCUACUCAGCAAGGAGCCUCUUAACACUCAAGAAUUAGGUUACCAAGCACCAGGCGAGAUUGAUUCAUCUUUCAAAGUUGCAUAUGAAAAACAUAAUUCUAAAUCUGCUGGAAAUAAGAAUAGAAAUAAGCCCUACACCUCUAAUUCAGAACAGAAAAGUCAAUCAUUUAAGUCUCAGAGACAAGGACAACAUAAAAGACCUCAAACCUGAUAGUGCUUAGGCUUAGGAUAAUAUACUUCUCAAACUGCAGGCCUGGUUCAAAAAUUUAUAGGUUCAUAUUAGUAUUACCUCUUUUCUUUUCCAAAAUGAUUUAUGGUUUUUUUGUGCUCAGAAUGUUUCAAAUAUGAGACAAGUUUAAAUCCUAAUUAAACAGAUGAUUUGUUGAUGAAAUUAAGACUGUGAUGAGAAAAUAAAUUCACAUGAAAUUGGA